AUGGAAACAAAAAGAGUCGAGAUCCCAACCGCGCUAUUGGACGACCUCUGCAGUCGAUUUAUUCUUCACAUUCCAAGCGAGGAGAGAGACAAUGCCAUUCGUGUUUGCUUCCAGAUCGAGCUGGCUCACUGGUUCUAUUUGGACUUCUGCAUGCAAAACACCCCGGGAGCUCCUCACUGUGGAAUAAGAGACUUUGCAAAAGCUGUUUUUCAGCACUGUCCUUUUCUGCUGCCUAAUGGAGAAGAUGUGCAGAAAGUUAUUGAACGAUGGAAAGAAUACAAGAUGGGUGUACCAACAUAUGGGGCAAUAAUUCUGGAUGAAUCAUUAGAAAAUGCGUUGCUUGUGCAGGGUUACCUUGCAAAGUCAGGUUGGGGCUUUCCAAAGGGAAAAGUCAAUGAAGAAGAAGCUCCUCACGACUGUGCAGUCCGAGAAGUCAUGGAGGAGACUGGUUUUGAUAUUAAGAAUCGCAUCUCUAAAGACAUGUAUAUAGAACAGAAAAUUACAGAUCAGGUGGUGCGCCUUUACAUAAUUCCAGGUGUACCCAAGGACACCAAGUUCUACCCCAAAACAAGAAAAGAGAUCCGGAACAUUGAGUGGUUUCCCAUUGAGAAGCUCCCAUGUCACAGAAAUGAUAUGACACCAAAGUCCAAACUUGGACUUGCCCCAAAUAGAUUUUUUAUGGCCAUUCCAUUUAUAAGACCACUGCGAGAAAAAAUCAGUCGACUCAAAGGUGAAUCGCCGGUUAGCGAAGAGGACCUUACUCCAAUUAAAACCUCAGACAAUACACGGUCCAAGACUCGUCGCAUAAUGGGCACAGAGUUACAGGUAGAGCCGCAAUUCCGUGCGGUUCUGCACGGAAUUGCAAAACAGAUACCACAGAAAACUACAGGCCAACAUGAUCUUCAUCAAAACCUAACUGUAAAAACCAAUGGUAAGAAAAGCCAAGACUCGCCUUAUGUGAAGAAAGGAAGUGACAAUGGAUUCAGCAGUUUGCAGAAAGAUAACAAAAGACUUCAGCCCAGAAGACUACAAGACAGCUUUGAAACAGAUUUUACUCAGUUCAUUGAUCAACAGGCCGCUUCUUAUCCCGAGCAGCUGCUAUCAUCCAAUGCUUUUCUCAACUUCAAAUUUGACAAAGAGGAAAUCAUGAAAACCACAAGAAUGUCUCGUAGUGGGGUGUCAUCCAAAAGACUGGGGAAAGCCCAGGGCACACCAAAGAAGGGACGCGGGACAAAUGGUCUGAAAGAAAUUCAUAUUGAUGAAGAAGUGAAGAUAUCUGUGAACCUCUCUUUAGAGAGGUUUCGCUACAGUGACCAGAAAGAGAUGGAAUUUCCUUCAUCAUUGACAAGUACUGAAAGGGCCUUUAUCCAUCGCAUAGCUCUGUCUCUCGGAUAUAUUUCCAAAAGCAAAGGGAAAGGAUCCAAUCGAUAUCUGACCAUCAGAAAAAUAGAUGGUUCUGAAAAACCGAGGCCAACAAUGCCUCUUAUUCUUUCCCACAACUCUUUGUAUUUUAUUCGGAGUCUGCGUCAAAGAUUUCCCAUCACAAAUAAAGAACGCCAAGAUCUUCAGCUCAGCUGUAACAACGGCCAUAUGAUGGCAACCGAAGCUGGAGACGGUUGUGACAAAAACAGAGCCAGCGGCCGUUUAAACAAUGGCAUACCCAUGGUGCCCAGAAGAAGAAGUCCCACAGAUAUUGACAGUUUCAGAUGUGCUCUGCCCGUAUACGAGCGACACGAGGAGAUCGUGACACUCAUCAGAGAAAAUAGAGUCAUUCUGGUGGUGGGUGAGACUGGCUCUGGUAAAACCACACAGAUUCCCCAGUUCCUUCUUGAUGACUGCACUAAGAGGGGAGAGCCCUGUAGGAUCUUUUGCACACAGCCCAGGAGGCUGGCAGCCAUCGCUGUGGCUGAGAGGGUGGCAGCAGAAAGAGGAGAGAGUGUGGGACAAACAGUUGGUUAUCACAUUAGACUGGAGAGCAGGGUUUCUCCCAAGACACUUUUGACGUUCUGUACCAGUGGAGUAUUUCUCAGGACUCUGAUGGCAGGAGAUGCUAGUUUGACAACAGUCACACAUGUUAUUGUGGAUGAAGUGCAUGAGCGUGAUGGUCUGACUGAUUUCCUGUUGACAAAGAUGCGGGAUGUGCUUCAGAAGAUUCCCAAUCUAAAACUGAUCCUCUCCAGUGCAGCUCUUGACAUAAACCUGUUUCUUCAGUACUUUGGCUCCUGUCCCAUCCUCCACAUCAAAGGAAGGCAGUUUGAAGUGAAGGAACUGUUUUUGGAAGAUAUUCUGAAGAUUACCAGCUACAAACUUAAAGAUGUGAAGAAAUAUAAGGAGGAAAAACAGAAAAAAGAAACAAAAGAAAAGGUUUUGACAGAGUGGUGUAAAGCUGUGGAGAGCAGUUCUGGGAAAGUUGUGAAUACGGCAACGUCAGAGUUUCUACAAGACUUGGGUCGCUCAAACUCAGGGAGCAACGCUUCAUGCAAAUCUGAAGCGAAUGGCACAGAUGUCCUUAAACCAUGGCUCAUGAACGAGAUGGAUGUUUGCAUAUCCAACAUCUUCCUUGGUGAAGAUCAGGAUGCAUUUACCCAGAUCUUCAAUUUAAUUCUCCAUGAGAAUGUAAACGUGGACUACACCCACAGCGACACUGGUGCGACAGCUUUGAUGGUGGCAGCAGGCCGAGGUUGUAUUUCUCAGAUGCAACAACUCCUAAGUCUCGGGGCUGAUAUGAACAUGAAGGCCUCAAAUGGAUGGUCUGCAUUGGACUUUGCCAUGCGUUUCAACCAGAUGGAUGCAGUGGAUCUUCUCCAAUCUUCAAUACCUCUUGUUGGAGUGAAUCACACAGAUGACAGUGCUGAAGGUGCUCUGAUGCAGUGUGCAGAGCUGAGCCCUGAAGAUCAGGAGCUGCUCAAACUUUACCACCACAGCUUUGACGAUGAGUACGUCGACCUGGACCUCAUCAUGGCCCUCCUGCAUCACGUCUGCUCCACCACCAACGAAGGUGCUUUUCUUAUUUUUCUCCCCGGAUAUGAUGACAUCGUGGCACUCAGGGAUCGCAUUCUCUUCGACGACAAGCGGUUUUCUAGUCGCUCUGAGAGGUAUCAAGUGUUCACCCUACAUUCAGAUAUGCAAACCUCAGAUCAGAAAAAAGCCAUGAAGACCUCGCCACCUGGAGUCAGAAAAAUUAUCCUUUCUACGAACAUUGCAGAAACAAGCAUCACUAUAAAUGAUGUAGUCUUUGUCAUUGACUCAGGAAAAGUGAAAGAGAAAUCCUUUGAUACUUUGAGCCAUGUAUCAAUGCUGAAAACAGUUUGGGUUUCAAAAGCCAGUGCACUUCAGAGAAAGGGAAGAGCUGGACGCUGUAGACCAGGGAUUUGCUUCCAUCUCUUCAGUCGACUCCGUUUUCACAACAUGCAGGAGUUUCAAGUUCCCCAGUUGCUACGGAUGCCUCUGCAGGAGUUGUGUCUUCAAACCAAACUACUGUCUGCAACCUCUUGCCCAGUGGCAGACUUCUUGUCUAAAGCCCCGCAGCCUCCACCAACACAUGCCAUUCGAAAUGCUGUGCAGAUGCUGAAGACCAUAGAUGCAUUGGACCAACAUGAAGAUCUAACUGAUUUGGGCUACCAUCUGGCAGAUCUGCCGGUAGAGCCUCAUCUCGGCAAAAUGGUUCUUUGUGCUGUGGUGCUGAAGUGCCUAGAUCCCAUCCUGACCAUCGCCUGCACCCUUGCCUACAGAGACCCCUUUGUACUACCUGCCCAGGGCUCUCAGAAGAAAGCUGCUCUUCUGUGCCGGAAACGGUUUACCUCAGGCACCUUCAGUGACCACAUGGCCCUGCUCCGAGCCUUUCAGGCUUGGCAAAAGGCUCGCAGUGAAGGAUGGGAGCGAUCUUUCUGUGAAAAAAACUUUCUUUCUCAAGCAACUAUGGAUAUGAUACUUGGAAUGAGAACCCAGUUGCUGGGACAGUUGCGUGCCAUCGGUUUUGUUCGGGCACGAGGUGGUAGUGACAUUCGAGAUGUUAAUCUGAACUCUGAGAACUGGGCUGUGGUGAAGGCAGCGCUAGUAGCUGGAAUGUAUCCAAACCUUGUCCACAUCAACAAGGAAACCUCUCUCAUGUCAAGCAAAAAAGAGAAAAAAGUACAUUUCCACCCAACAUCAAUUUUAAGCCAAACACACUUAAAAGAGAGCACCUCAUCAAAAGGGGAGCCGGCCCUUCCAACUGACUGGCUCAUAUAUGAUGAGAUGAGCAGAGGCCAAAGAAUGGCCAGUGUCCGCUGUUGCUCGAUGGUGACCCCCGCUACUGUUGCAGUAUUUGGUGGAGGUGCCAAACUACCAAUCUCUGCUCUGCCUGAACCGGCUCCACUGAAAGAUGCCUCUGCGAACGAUACGAGCGACAGUGACUCAGAGGAUUUGGCUGAGAUGAAGCUUGAUGACUGGCUUGUUUUCCAGUUAGAUCCUGAGGCAGCGGGACUAAUGUUUGAGAUCAGACAGAAAUGGCAAAAUCUUUUCUUCAAACGGAUAAAAUGCCCGUCAAAGCCAUGGUCUCAACAAGAUGAAGCUGUCAUCCGCGCUUUGGUGUCUGUGCUUUCUGCUGAGGAGCAGAGCGUAGGAUUACAACAACCUACAGGCAUCGGCCAACGACCAAGGCCUAUGACUAUCGAAGAGGGUUUCCAGUCAACCUCCAAAGGCUCCAAGAGCAACGCUCACAGCAGCAGCACAGAUGAAAGAGAGGUCAAGAUGUGGGGAAAUUCUGCACAUUCAAAGACGCUAGUCAGUGAGGACAUCUCUCUGGCCACAAAUGCUCUCGCUGAGGAGCCGCUGUCCUCCGGUCGCCCAUCUCACUUAGACAGUCCCUUUGGAAGCCCAUGCACCUCCGCUACAAAGUGCUCGGCCCCAAUAUCGCCCCAGCCUACACUCUCCUCCAUCCGUUACUUUAUCAUGAAGAGCAAUAGCAUAAGAAACAUAGAAAUAUCUCAGCAGAAGGGAAUAUGGUCCACCACCCCGUGCAAUGAGUCCAAGCUUUCCAAAGCCUACUUGGACAACAAGUUAAUCAUCCUCAUUUUCUCUGUGCAAGGCUCUGGACACUUUCAGGGCUAUGCUCGCAUGGCAUCAGCCAUGAGCAGAGAGAGCUGCCAGGACUGGGGGCUUAUGGGACUCGGCGGGGUCUUCAGUGUUGAAUGGAUCCACAAAGAGAAUAUGCCUUUUCAGUCCACUCAACACAUCCUUAAUCUCUGGAAUGACAACAAGAAGGUCCAAAUAAGCAGAGAUGGACAAGAGUUGGAGCCCCAGGCUGGAAGUCAGCUGGUGCUAAUGUGGGAUCGACAUUUUGGAAAUUGGUGA